AUGGCUGCCGUUCUUCCUCAGCGCGCGGCUCUUACCGAGCCCACGGCCGCUGGGUACUCCAAGACCUCCCGCCGCCAGUAUCAAGCAUGUGAUCAGUGUCGAAAGAGCAGACGAGCAUGCGACGCUGGCACGUUGAGAGUGGCCAACUUUCCAUUUCGCGAAGACGAGCAACCGGACGCAUCUGCUGCGACGUGCGAGGCGUGCUCAAACUGUGCCAGAACCAGCAAGCGAUGCACCUUUGUCUGGCUCAGCAAGCUCUCUUUGCAAGGCCUGCCAAAGGGCGUCAAGCGGAAACUGGAAUCGACGGGCCUGCCGAACCUCGUCGCCGAUGCAGCACCAGACUCGAACCACCAGACUUCCUCGUAUCAGGGCGACUAUUCAAAAUCAGAUCCAUCGGCGCUGCCACAGCUGUUGCCCGCCACCCAUUCAUUUCACACGGUUCACGACGCACCACCGAAUGGACUGCCCAAGUACCAUAUUACGCCGAUAUACGCAAGUCCGGAGCAGACCGUCAACUACCCCUCUACCUCUCCCGAAGCGCGCUAUUCAAUAGAUUCUAACGCCCAUCAAGUCGCGCCUUCUAUUGCAACGGCGUCGGCCGACGGCGGCGUGGUCACUUCCAUUCAGUCGAUCCCAGAUGUGGCCUUCCGGCCGCCUCGUUUACCUGAUGAGACCACGAACCACAUUCGAUGGAGUCCGCCCAACCUGGGUCGUCAUGACACAACAUCUACCUCUUCAGGGUCAAAUUCCAUCGACUCCAUCAACACCGUCUCAAAAGUCGAGCCUUCGCCCAGCUUGACUUCUAUCAGCUCCGAACCAAGCGGCGACGAUGGUGCCACGCCCGCCUACUGCUCGAAACGGGUCAAAGGUGGAAGCGUGCCCGCCGAAUACUAUGAUACUCUGGUCACACCUCAAACCUCCGCAAAUUCGCGUCCACGCAGACAGCCGAACACUGCUGCAGUGUCGCCAAGUUUUAAGCGGCAGAACUCGACAGUGCUCUCGAAUCGUCAAGUCCAUUUCAUCGAUACCGCGAUGAAGAAGAUGAUAGCAACUGGACUGCUUCAAAUAUAUCAUGACAGCUUCGAGAACUCUCUGUCAUGUUGGGUGACGGAGCGGAAUUGUCCUUACGAGAUCGAGCUCAGAGGCCUCAGCCCCAACGCCAGCCCGGCAUCAACGGCGGAAGAAGCUGCAGUCCGUCUGGGCGAUAAUAGGAUCUUGUCGCGAGUCUCCCGUCUGGACGCCGCCUUUGCUCGCUUGAGAGAACGGGAAUUGUCGGUCAUAGAGAAUCGGACCGCCACCAACGCACUGAACGCGGCCAUCAUGGCCUUUGCCAGCCAGUGGUCCCACAGCUCUCACAACGCGUUUUGGAGGAGCAGGGAAGGAAUGUCUCAGAUGCGGGCUUGCCAAUCUCAGUCACAGGGUCUAUUCUCCCAGUCCGAAUGGACCAACAAUGAAAGACACAUCCAGAAGAUGCUCUGGCACGAUGCUCGCACCGCGAUCCAAGCCAGUGCUGAAAUCGACUCGUUCAAAGUCAUAUUAGCAUACAUGAUCUUCGCGCUGACGCAAAGGCCCAUUGACGUGAAAACGAAGACGACCCCGGAGACGCAGACCUCGCCGACAGACAGUGCGACGGAUAGUCGCAACGGUUUCGAAACCCCUUCUACGGACGACAGUACCGAACCCCGCGCCGAUCCUGCCAUGGAAACCAUCGUAGACAAAGAAUGGAACCCGUUUUAUGCGAGCGAACCCGAGGCAUUGGCCUCUCCACCCAUCUAUCUCGAGACGGCGGUGCGAAACCUUUUUGCAUGGAGGCGCAAGAUCGAACGGUACCGUCGACUACGAUCGAAGAACAAAGGUGCUCAUGGGCAUGGCUCUAUGGGUCCUCUUGCGGUCAAGGACCAUCAGACGUUUAACCUCUUGUUUUGGCUUGGUGUCAUGUGUGACACGACGUCGUCAGCCAUCAGCAAGCGGCCAUUGGUCAUCUCAGAUGAAGACUGCGCCAUGAUUCAGGAGAGUGUUGAUGCUGCAGGCGACGGUCCGGAAGGCGAGGAGAUCCAUUACCAGCAACUCGAAAAAGAUCGGCCGGACGACUCUGGCAGCCUGUGGGGCAAUUAUCUGUUGAAAUUCACAUGUGUCCCGGACGGAUGCCCGCCGCUCCGAUGGCCGUGUAGCUUCGACGAGGCAGCCUCAGUGCUUCAAGAAGCCAUUCCGGUGAAAGUGUUGAUGUUCCGCAAGGUUGCCGCCCUCCAGACGCUGGCAUAUCGGAGGUCUUCACCACAUCAGCUCGAGAGGUGCAUCAAAGAGGCGCUUGAUGUUUAUUCGCAUUGGAACAACCUGUACGGACAGUUCAUGAUCGAUUGUGUCGACCAGCACAACAUCCUCCCUCCACACGUCAAAUCAUGGUAUGUCAUCCUCGAUGGGCACUGGCAUUACGGGUGCUUGUUGCUUGCCGAGACGAUUUUGCAAGUCGACAAGGAGGGAAAGACGCUGGAACCUCAACGAAACCUGCGGGCGAGUUGCGAGCUUCUCAGGGAGCUGAGACAAAGCAAUGCGGUCGCUAUCGCCAAGAUCGCACAGGCCUCACUUUCUGAACAUAUACCUUCGGUCCCCGAUAACGCCGAAUUCCACUUUGCGACAAAUAGCAGCGCUAUUUUAACGGAACCAUGGACGGAUAUACUUGUUCGCGCCAUGGGCAGCGCAUGUAAGAUAUUCAUCGACUGGUUGUCAGCCUGGCAUAAUUCGGCCGAUACGAACCACGUGUGGGUACACACGACAAACAGCUACGAGAAUCUGUAUAGCCAAGCGGAGGCAUGCAUACAGGCCAUGACGCUUCUUGGCCGCAAAUCGGACGCGGCAAAAUGUACGGCGGAAGCCUUCUGGACAAGACUCAGCCGCGCCACUUCCUACAGGCGGGCAUCGGCUGGAACAGACAAAGAGGAUUGGUCGCCCGAGACUUCAUCGCGAAGAAAUGACCAAUAG